AUGCUGAUGUGGCCAGCCAGGGCAUCUCAGAGCCCUGCCAGCCAGCGGCCCAGAAGCCCCCGGCCUCGGGCUCCCAUAGACAGUGCACUUAGGCCCAGAAAUGACUUUCUCCUGAACCUGCCCAAUUCCAUCGAGUGCCACAUCCUGGCACUCAAAAAGCUGCAGAAGCCACGUGAUAAGAUAGAUGCCAAAUUUCAUGAGAAAUUUUGGGCUCUGGAGAAAAAAUACAAUGACAUAUAUAAGCCCCUGUUUGCCAAGAUCUAAGAGCUCAUGGGCGAGAUGGAGGGCUGUGCAUGGAUCUUGGAGGAUGAGGACAGGGAGGAGGAAGAGGAAGAUGAGGAGCAAAAGGAGGAGGUGGAAGAGCCCAUAGAAGCCAGUGGCAUCCAGGUUCCUGAUGACUGCAAGCAGUAAGAGGGUGCAAUCCGCCGGGAGACGCCAACAGCCACCCUUCUGUUAUUUUAGUACUAGUGGACUUUAAAAGGCUUAGGUUUUAGACCAAAAAAUAGCAAUGUGAUUUUUUUUUUUAAACAAUGUGAAUUUACU